AUGUAUUUAUUCCAGGGUGCUCUAAUUUAUGCAGACAUAGAUAUAGAUGAACAUGAGAAUGUGACAGAAAUAUAUCCAGCAGAAGUAGAUUCACAGGAAACCAAAGACUGGGAUAGUACAUUCUUCGUACCUGAUUCAGAUUUAUUCGCUUCAUCGACCGCAUCAAUGACACAAGUUGUGAAUUCCGAUAAAUCACCAGAAGAACAAUUAGAAGAAAUCAAAGAAAUGGCAACAUCAAUAACAAAUGCUAUACAAAGUGAAAUGGAAAAUCUUCUAACGUACGCCUUAAGUAUCACAGAUAAUAACAGCGAAGAUAGUAACAGAAAGAAAAGAUCUAUCGACACACCAAUGGAUAGUACUAAAUUAGUAUGGAGACUUCUUCAACACAUCAAAUCGAAUAACGAAUAUCAAAACAUAGCUAUAGAAAAAAUGAUGUCAGCUCAAGAGAUCGCUGAUAAAUACGGUAUAGAAUUUACUCCUGAUACAGAAAUAUUGUCAGAAUUAGCUGUAGCAGCGAAUGAACAAGCCAGAGAACUAACAUCAAUUCUAAAAGACGCCUGUGAUCUUUCAGAGAAUGAUACACAAUCGAAUAUAUCCGCAAAUGUAGAAGAUAUGCCUCUAAAUGUUGGAUAUAAUCACAUACAUUAUGUAGAUCCUUAUAACAGUAUUUACAAACCAUAUGAAACUCAAAUUCCUUCACCUGUCAGUCAAAAACAAACCUUCUAUGACGCAGUAUCAUAUAAUCCAAUGGAAUAUUAUGGACCUUACUGUUCUAUGGACUCAAACUAUAUACCUUUUGAUGAUUAUGAACCUGAACCAGAAAUAGUAGGUGAAGAAUUCGAAGAAACGAUAUCAUCUAAAGUAUACGUGGAUCAUGAAGUAGAACCGGGUGCGGCGACAGUCAACCACGUUAUGACGUACACGAUCGCGGAAAAAACGCAUUACAGAACACCACAGAUUGAAAAUUUACCACAACAAAUGCAGUACUACUUCUUAUUAGUGUAA